AUGGGAGGGAGCUGCGCGCAGAGGCGACGCGCCGGCCGCGGGCAGGUACUGUUUCCCUGGCUGUUGCCUUUGUUCUAUUCGGCACUCGGAGAGCCGAUCCGCUACUCCAUUCCCGAGGAGCUGGCCAAGGGCUCGGUGGUGGGGAACCUCGCCAAGGAUCUGGGGCUCAGUGUCCUGGAUGUGUCAGCUCGGAAGCUGCGAGUUAGCGCAGAGAAGCUGCACUUCAAUGUAGACGCGCAGAGUGGGGACUUGCUUGUGAAGGACCGAAUAGACCGGGAGCAGAUAUGCAAAGAGAGGAGAAGAUGUGAGCUGCAGUUGGAAGCUGUGGUGGAAAAUCCUUUAAAUAUUUUUCAUGUCGUUGUGACGAUUGAGGAUAUUAAUGACCAUGCUCCUCAAUUCGAUAAAAAGAAAAUAGACUUAGAAAUUUUUGAGUCUGUAUCCACUGGUGCACGGAUAUCCCUUGACCCUGCCACUGACCCCGAUAUAAACUUUAACUCAAUUAAAGAUUAUCAGAUAAACCCUAAUCCUUAUUUCUCAUUAAUAGUUAGAGUUAAUUCUGAUGGUGGCAAAUAUCCAGAAUUAUCUCUGGAGAAACUCCUAGACAGGGAAGAGCAGAGGUUACAUCGCUUGAUAUUGACUGCCUUGGAUGGAGGAGACCCGCCGCGAAGUGCCACCGCUCAAAUAGAAAUCUUUGUAAAGGACACUAAUGACAAUCCCCCAGUGUUCAGUAAAGAUGAAUAUAGAAUCAGUCUUAGUGAAAAUCUGCCCCCAGGGUCCUCCGUGUUGCAAGUGACAGCCACUGAUGCGGAUGAGGGGGUAAAUGCAGAAAUAAACUACCACUUCCGGAGCACCGCCCAGAGCACAAGACACAUGUUCUCAUUGGAUGAGAAAACAGGUAUGAUUAAGAAUAACCAAUCACUGGAUUUUGAAGAUGUAGAGAGAUACACCAUGGAAGUGGAAGCAAAGGACGGCGGUGGCCUUUCUACCCAAUGUAAAGUAAUCAUAGAAAUCCUAGAUGAAAACGACAACAGUCCAGAAAUCAUCAUCACUUCUCUGUCUGAUCAGAUUUUGGAGGAUUCCCCUCCAGGAAUGGUUAUUGCCCUUUUCAAAACACGGGACCGGGAUUUUGGAGGAAAUGGAGAAGUCACAUGUGAUAUAGAAAGAGACCUUCCUUUCAAGAUCUAUUCUUCUUCUAAUAACUAUUACAAGCUGGUGACUGAUGGAGUCCUAGAUCGAGAGCAGGAUCCAGAAUACAAUGUCACCAUCAUCGCCACCGACGGGGGCAAGCCUCCCCUUUCUUCAAGUGUAAAUAUCACCCUGCACAUCAUUGACGUCAACGACAACGCUCCGGUUUUCCAGCAGGCGUCUUACGUGGUUCACGUGGCUGAGAACAACCCGCCAGGGGCCUCAAUAGCUCAAGUCAGCGCCUCAGAUCCCGACUUAGGUCCCAACGGCCAAGUCUCCUACUCCAUCGCGGCCAGCGACCUGGAGCCUCGGGCAUUGUUAUCCUACGUGUCUGUGAGCGAACAGAGCGGCGUGGUGUUCGCACAGCGAGCCUUCGACCACGAGCAGCUGCGUUCUUUUGAGCUGAUUCUGCAGGCUCGUGACCAUGGUUCGCCCGCGCUCAGCGCCAACGUGAGCCUGCGCGUGUUGGUAGGCGACCGCAACGACAACGCGCCGCGGGUGCUCUACCCCGCGCUGGCGCCCGAUGGCUCCGCGCUCUUCGACACCGUGCCGCGCGCCGCGGAGCCCGGCUACCUGAUCACCAAGGUGGUGGCGGUGGACGCGGACUCGGGACACAAUGCUUGGCUAUCCUACCACGUGCUGCAGGCCAGUGAUCCCGGACUCUUCAGCCUGGGCCUGCGCACUGGCGAGGUGCGCACGGCUCGCGCCUUGGGCGACAGGGACGCGGCCCGCCAGCGCCUGUUGGUCGCUGUGCGUGAUGGUGGCCAGCCGCCUCUUUCGGCCACCGCCACGCUGCAUCUGGUCUUCGCGGACAGCCUGCAGGAGGUACUGCCAGACCUCAGUGACCGCCCUGUGCCCCCUGACCCCCAGGCGGAGCUACAGUUCUACCUGGUGGUGGCCUUGGCCUUGAUCUCAGUGCUCUUCCUUCUGGCUGUGAUUCUGGCCAUUGCCCUGCGCCUGCGAUCUUCUUUGAGUCCAACUGAGUGGGGUUGUUUUCAGCAAGGUCUCUGCUCCAAGUCCGAACCUAGAGUUCCCUUCAACUACAGCGAAGGAACUUUGCCUUAUUCCUACAAUCUGUGUGUUGCGCAUAUGGGAACGACAGAGUUUAAUUUCCUAAAAAGUACUUCACCCUUGCAUUCCGCCCAAGAUGUAGUUGGCGGUAAUUCCCCUGGGGCCUUAAUUCCAGUUCCUGUUGAGGAUAAUUUGACUUCACAUCCUGAGACUCUAACACCGGUGAGUUUCACAUUUGUGUCUUUAAUGUCCUAG